AUGAAGUUCUCUAGCCAGUUCAUCUCUAGCUCAAGUUCUCUAGCUACAGACAAUGAGGAAAGUCUCGUUAUGAAGUUAUCUGGCCAGUUCAUCUCUAGCUCAAGUUCUUUAGCUAGAGACAAUGAGGAAAGUCUCGCUAUGAAGUUCUCUAGCCAGUUCAUCUCUAGCUCAAGUUCUCUAGCUACAGACAAUGAGGAAAGUCUCGUUAUGAAGUUCUCUGGCCAGUUCAUCUCUAGCUCAAGUUCUUUAGCUAGAGACAAUGAGGAAAGUCUCGUUAUGAAGUUCUCUGGCCAGUUCAUCUCUAGCUCAAGUUCUUUAGCUAGAGACAAUGAGGAAAGUCUCGUUAUGAAGUUCUCUGGCCAGUUCAUCUCUAGCUCAGUUCAAGUUCUCUAG